AUGGAGGAGGAAUUUUCUGCAACUAUCAAGGAAUAUCAAAUGGUUCUAGAGUCAGUGGAUAAGAAGCUUACAUCAGUCAUUACUAACGAUCGAUUUCUUAAUGACCUUAUUUCAAAGUCCGAUCACGAGAAAGGUGAAUUCGUAAACCUGCCAAUAAACAGAGAAGUGAUGAAUGCUAUAGAAAUUCACUUUGGGCGAGCUAUGCGCCUAACGUUGUUGAGAGGAGAUGGUGUAAGACUACCUCUGGUAGUUCCUGUUGAUGCUCGUGUUUUGGAAUUGCGAUGGGCAGUACAAGAUGCAGUUAAUUCAUACAUGAACCAUCUCCAUAGUGCAUCAAAUUUACCAGAAGAUAAAUGUAAAGAGGAUUCCGCCGACUGUAUUUCGUCCAGCAAUAUUCCUUCGAAGUCGAUUAGCUGGCGUAAUUUGUGGAAAACGAAAUGUCUAGCUCUAGUGAACCCACAUAGUGUGUGUCCACCAGAAGGUCUUCCACCUAUCAGUGCUAGACUAGAUGUGUUAACUAAUAAGUUAUCAUAUUAUCAAAUUCGUAAUGGUGCAGUGAUCACUUUUGCUCCUCAGCUUAAGCGAAAAUGA